GAUGAAUAUUACUUAACCAAAAUGAAUCUCCUUAUCUAGGCUGCAGCAGAUUCAUGGGGCAUCUCCAUUUGUUUCCUCAGCAUCAUAUUAUUGCCAAUCGUGGGGAAUGCAGCAGAGCAUGCUGGUGCCAUCAUUUUUGCUUUAAAGAAUAAGCUGGAUAUAACUUUGGGAGUGUCACUGGGUUCAGCAACACAAAUUUCCAUGUUUGUGGUUCCAUUAAGUGUGAUGGUGGCGUGGGUGAUGGGCAUUCAAAUGGAUCUUGAUUUUAAAUUAUUGGAGACUGGCGCUCUGGUCAUCUCAAUUUUGAUAGUAUCGUUUGCUUUACAGGAUGGGUCCUCACAUUAUUUAAAGGGAUUUGUUCUUCUUCUAGCUUAUGUUGUUAUUGGUGCAUGUUUUUUUGUCCUUGGGACUCCAUCAGACCAAGUUAAUGGAGCCAAUAUUAAUAAUAUCCCUGUAAUUUCCCAUAACAUGGAGUCUUAAUAGCCUAAAGUUUGCAGCUUUUGCUGCUUAAGCUUGUAUGCUUCUUGGCCACGGUUUACUGUUCUAUCAGCUUUCGGGAUGGCCUUGCAGCGCAAAUCAUCUGAAUGUUCUUUUGUUCCUUUUGACCGGAGUUUCAAGGAGAAAGAAGCUCAGACGUUAGACCAUAAUCAGUGUAGGUUCUACAUUUUGGUUGGAAACAUUUGUCCUCCAAACUCUUUUUGGAAAGAUAGAGAGAAUGACCCCCUAUAUGUGAUUGCAAUGUAAAUUGUUAUUGAUGUUUAUCUUUGAAUAAAAAGAAGAAAUAAUAUUUUCUAAGACAGACUCUAUUUUCUUCUA